CAUUGAGUGGAUGUCAGGUAGAAACCCUCUGUGCGGUGAAAAGUCCAGGCAGAGUUCUUGGGACCUUGAAGGAAUUUUUCAUCUAUCCACGGCAGUCCCAGUCGAGGAGUUCAUAUGGAAUGGCAUCACGAGGACCCUCGUCGACGGCGCUGCCGGUUGCGAUAGCGAUGGCGAGUGCGAUACUCGCAAGUUUACCAACUUUAGCAAGUGGAAUUUGUCCAGCAAGAUGUCGUUGCAACGACACAGCAUUGAUCGCAAGUUGCUCUUCUGGAAGCCUAGACGUUGUGCCCAUUCAAUUAAAUCCAGAAAUCCUACACCUGGAUCUCUCAGGAAACCGGGUAGUCAGUGUCCACCAUACCUUCGACUUUUACCCAAGUAUGAAGACCUUGAAUCUUGGGUCUAACCUCAUCCACACCUUGGGAUCAGACAACUUCGAAUUCCAAGGAAGUCUCAUCUCGCUCAAUCUGAGCAACAAUUUGAUUAGAAACAUUACGAAGAAUGCUCUUCGUGGUCUCAAAUUGCUCAGGGAGCUUGACCUAUCAGGCAACAACAUCACCGAGAUGGAGGAACAGGCCUUUCAUGACACGAGCGAACUGGAAUACCUCAACCUCAGUGGGAACUCCAUGACGAGUUUGUCAGAUGGUUUGCUGAGGAAUCUCUACAGGAUACACACCCUUAUCCUGAGCAAUAAUAAUCUUUUAGAUGUGCCCAGCAGCAAUCUAGCCUUAGCAAAAUUGAGUCUUAAUGUUCUCGAUUUGUCUGAUAAUCUCAUUCAAGAGCUGGAGAGCGAAUCCCUGCCUUCUUUGAGUGAUUUGAAGUUCCUCAGUUUGGCAAACAAUGUUGUUCGGAGGAUCGCGGAUGAUGCCUUCGACCAAGUACCAAAUUUGAAGACCCUGGAUUUGUCAGGGAAUAAUCUGACCUUGGUGCCUACGCCUGCAUUGUCCAGGUUAAAUGUACUGAUUACCUUGAUCGUCAGCAAAAACCCGCUGAGGUCGUUGAACAGCGUGGCCUUCCAAAACUUGUUUGAGCUUAAAAAUUUGGAGCUGGACGACUGUACGAUCGUCGACGUUCAUCCUAGGGCGUUUGUAGAUAACGUUAAUCUGGAACGCAUCUCGAUGGACGGAAAUCGAGAUCUCAGGGAAUUGCCUGCGAGGGUGCUUUAUGGAGCUCGACAUUUGAGGUGGGUCUCCCUUCGCCGGUGCAGCCUCGCUACCCUGCAACCGACGCACUUUCCCGUCGACAGUCUGUUGUCUCUCCGGGUGGGCAGCAAUCCCCUGGUGUGCAAUUGUUCCCUCCACUGGUUGUGGAACAUCCUACGAGCUGAGGAAAGACGCAACGAGACGAGGCUGGAGCUGGACUUCGAGGAUAUCGUCUGCGUCGACGAGGAAUUUGCUGGGAAGGCGCUCAUUUCCCUGCCCGAGGGAUCCCUCCGGUGCAGAUUGAGUCCUCUCUACCUCUCGCUGUCAGCCGCCGCUUGCCUCGCGGCGACCGCCACGAUUCUGGCCUUGAUAGUCCACGUGACGAGGGCAAAGAGAAGAAAAAGGCCGGCUUAUUCAGCUCCAAAUCGACCCGAGUUGCUCGUCUAUGAGCUGGACAAGAACGCAGAGUCCUACAGCAGGCGGCUGAUCGCCCGGAAUGAGGAGAUGCUCUACGAGACGCCGAGGAGGAAAACGAGUCAGGAUUCUUCGGAUCCUAGGGACACAAAUGUCUACGAGACACCCAGGUACUCGAGACCGAAUCGUCGAGAUCGAGAUCCUUAUGACUGCAGACAAAUGGAGGAAGGUGUUUACGCCGUCGCGGAUGUCACCGGUCUCCGGGAUCAGCCACCGGAAGUACUUUCCCUUUAUCGCAUGCGGGCUCUCCCGAGCGCACCUUCCGCCAGGGACUAUGACUAUGACUACGAACCUCCAAUGCCUCACAAACCACAUGUGGUUUUCGUCUGAAGGAGUUUACCUUCAGAUUGUUCGAGUUAGCCUCUUUGAUUAUCUGAAAGAGACUUUUUGUGUGUAUGGUUUGUGAGAACUCGAUUAUAAGGGGCCAGGAGGUGUGAGGGAUUUUGAAAGGGGUGAGUGUAAGGCUGUUUCAGUCAACUCACUGCCAGGAUUCUCUCAUGAAAGAGAAUAGAGUGGACUCUCACAAAGCGCCCGGCGCCACGCCCCUCAAUCUUGGCGGGAUAUAUCUCUGAGACGCUUUGGCGGAUUAUUUGAAUAUUUUUGGAAGGGCGAGGCGCUUGGUGGAAAAGGCGCUUGUUAAAAAUUUUUACACUUGACGAGAAAGGGCGCUUGGUGGAAAAGGCACUUGGUGAGCGUAUACUCUAAUUGAGAUGUAUAAUAGAAUUCGUCGACCACAGUCGGGUCUAAAAGACUUCUUUUCUAAGGACUACAAAUUGUUAAGCUUCGAAAACAGAUGCAUUGGUUGCUUGGUGAUGUUUUUUUGUUUGAAUAUUUACACUCACUCCUUCGCUGCACUAUUCACUCGAGCGCAAUUUUAUGAAACGAUGACAGUAGGACAUUACUUGAAUUCGCGCAAGGUUGAAAUUUAUUCGACUUUUCACAAAUUUUAUAAAUAUCCAUUUCUGAAAUAAAAAAAGACAAUUCUCGAUUUCACAGAUUAAACAUUUCCGUGUUAUUUAACUUAUUUGAAAUCAACCAAGUUUUAACUUUGCGUCUACUUGAGAAAUAUCCUACUGUCAGAAUUUUAAUUGACCAAAAAUGUGUUUUAAAUCAUUUCGACCAAAUUAAGUACCCCUGGAUCUUGUAAAAAUCACUUACUCUUUAUUUAAAUUUUGUUUAAUAGACUCGAAAAUAACUUCCGAAACGAAAUUCUUGAAGAAAAGAGUUUCUAGAAAUUUACGGAAUUUCUGUUCGAGAAUAUUAGUUUUUCGUUAAACGUCUUAAAUUAUUGUAAAUUAUUAAUUAUUAAAUAUUAAUUAUUGUAAUUUAGGGUGUCUAUUUGACAGGGAAAUUACCGAUAGUUUUUUUUCGAAUGUGCUAUAAUAUAGAAAUUAAAAGUGGUCUCAUAUAUUUAUUUUAUU